GACCAUUUCUCCAGGUGAACAAGGAACAGUCUACGGAAUGUCCGAUCCCAGAUUUUUAGAUAUCCCAGCUGUGAUCUUCGACAACGGAUCCGGAUUGUGCAAGGCUGGCAUUGCCGGAGAUAGCGCUCCGAGGUCAGUCAUCACAGCCAUCGUGGGCCGUUCGAAAGCCAAAGCUACGAUGCUCGGAGCAGGCCAGAAGGAAUAUUACAUUGGAGAAGAAGCUCAGUCCAAACGGGGCGUUUUAUCCUUGAAUUAUCCCAUCGAUCACGGUAUUGUGACCUCCUGGGACGACAUGGAACGGAUCUGGAGGCACGUUUACGAUUGCGAAUUGAGGCUCAAGUCCAGCGAGAGGCCCGUGUUGCUGACCGAAGCCCCUCUGAAUCCCCUCCAGAAUCGGGAGAGGAUGACUCAGAUCAUGUUCGAGAACUUCAAGGUCCCAGCGAUGUAUGUGGCUGUCCAAGCCACUUUGGCACUCUAUGCAUCAGCACGUACCACCGGCAUAGUCAUGGACAGCGGAGAUGGGGUCACCCACACGGUUCCUAUCUAUGAAGGGUACUGCUUGCCCCACGCGGUCUCCAGGUUGGACGUCGCUGGAAGGGACAUCACUGAAUACUUCAUGAGGCUUCUUCUCGAGAGCGGGCAUUCCUUCGUCAGCACGGCCGAAAGAGAAAUUGUGAAGGACAUCAAGGAGAAGCUGUGUUAUGUAGCGUUAGAUCCCGUCCAAGAAAUGAAAACUAAGCCGGAGUAUCUCCUCAGAGAGUACAAGUUACCCGACGGAAACGUCAUCCAAAUUGGGAGUCAACUCUUCCGAGCUCCAGAAGCCCUUUUCGCCCCCACCGACAUCGGCAUCGAUGCGCCGGGCGUCCACCGAAUGAUCUUCAACAGCAUCAUGAAAUGCGACAUCGACGUCCGACGAGAUCUUUACGGCAACGUCCUCCUUUCGGGAGGAUCAACGUUGUUCUGUGGGCUGGAUGAGCGCAUCUUGCAAGAGAUGCAACUUCAGGUACCUCUGGGGAUAUCGGUGAGGAUCAUCGCUCCUCCGGAAAGGAAGUAUUGCGUGUGGAUCGGGGCCUCCAUAUUGACUUGCUUAACGGCAUUCAGACAGAUGUGGGUCACCUUGAACGAUUACCAUGAAUUUGGACCUGCUGUGGUGCACCGGAAAUGUUUUUAGGAACAAUUGUCUCCCUUUGUAGAUGGGUUAGAACGGUGGAAGUUCAAAUAAUUAGAGGGACAUAAAACGUUCAUCGAUCACAUAUAAUUCUUUGAACUUCUGUUGUGUCUAUCCAAAGAUGGAUUUCUCAUAUGUCUGAAUUUAUAUGUGUAUAUGAAAUCUGUCUUCGGAUGUGUUGAAUGGCUAGAAUUUACAGUAAAUAAAUGAUGGAGUCACGGGCACCAGGA